GUCUGCUACAGUAAUUUCUGUUGCUCAAAUUUAUCUGCCAUCAAAAUAAUUCUCUCUCUUUUCUCGAACUCGUUUCGCGUAAGAACCCUAAUUUCUUCUUUCUUCUCCGUUAAUCCUUGGCCUUAAACCCAUCCAGGGGCUGUGAUUUUCUUUCGUCUAUCUCAAAGGUUCUAGUCGAUUACGAGCAGUAUUUUGAGGAAUUGUACCAGCCGAAGUGGAUUUUCCGUUUCAUUUUCUUGUUGCGUUGAAUGCUGAAAUACUUAAGCAGAGGCGGCAGUUUUAUUUUUGAGAUUCCUGAGUCUCUCAUGGAGUUUCUGGACAGUUGUGUAUGAUUGAUUAAAAUUUUACCAAGUAUGUAGGGAGUGGUGAGCGAGAUGGGUUUUCUUUCCUUGAUGGGAUUCUGAAGAUUAAAUGUUUGGAAGGAUUGAAUAUUUUUAGGGUUGUGUUGUAGAAUGAUGGAUACCACCCCUGGUUUAGUUUUAAAACGUUCUUUGCGAAAGAAAGCCAGUGCGCGAAAUUAUGAUGAGGAUUUAAUGGAUGAGCUUAUGGAGAAGCAUUUAGGCGGUGUUUCGAAGAAGAAGAGCAAAACGGCUGAGGAUCUAGAGAAGGAGACUGAAAUCGAGGCUAUGAUAGCACUAUCUCUUGGAUUCCCUAUUGAUGCUUUGCUUGAGGAGGAAAUUAAAGCUAGGGUGGUGAGAAAAUUGGGUGGGAAAGAGCAGAACGAUUAUAUCGUCGUUAGGAAUCAUAUCCUCGCAAGGUGGCGGGGUAACGUGCAAAUGUGGCUUUCGAAAGGACAGAUUAAAGAAACUGUGAGCAGUGAGUAUGAACAUUUGAUUAGUGCAGCGUAUGAUUUCCUUCUGUACAAUGGAUAUAUAAACUUUGGGGUGUCACCAACCUUUACAUCCCAAGUGCCCGAGGAGGGAACUGAAGGAUCUGUGAUUAUUGUUGGUGCAGGCCUCGCGGGGUUAGCUGCAGCUAGGCAGCUAUUAUCAUUUGGCUUUAAGGUUAUUGUUUUAGAAGGUAGGACUCGACCAGGUGGCAGAGUUUAUACACAAAAAAUGGGGCAGGAGGGCAAUUUUGCUGCUGUAGAUCUUGGUGGCAGUGUCAUUACUGGUAUCCAUGCUAAUCCUCUUGGAGUUCUAGCUAGACAACUUUCAAUUCCACUUCAUAAGGUCAGAGAUAAUUGUCCAUUGUAUAAACCUGAUGGGACGCUCAUUGGAAAAGAUAUCGAUGCCAAGAUUGAAUAUAUUUUUAAUAAAUUGCUAGACAAAGUGACUGAACUGAGAAAGAUUAUGGGAGGAUUGGCUAAUAACAUUUCUCUUGGAACGGUUCUAGAAAAACUCAGGCAAUUAUAUGCUGUGGCGAAGAGUAAGGAUGAAAGACAACUUCUUGAUUGGCAUCUAGCAAACUUGGAAUAUGCAAAUGCAGGAUGUGUUUCGAACUUGUCUGCCGCGCAUUGGGAUCAAGAUGAUCCUUACGAAAUGGGUGGAGACCAUUGCUUCCUAGCAGGGGGUAAUUGGAGGUUGAUAAAGGCAUUAUGUGAAGGAGUUCCCAUAUUUUAUGGGAAGGUUGUUGACACUAUCAAAUAUGGAAGUGAAGGAGUAGAAGUAAUAGCUGGAGAUCAAGUAUUUCAAGCUGAUAUGGUCCUGUGCACAGUACCGCUUGGGGUUCUGAAGCGAAAGGAUAUCAGAUUCAAACCUGAGUUACCUAAAAGGAAGCUGGCAGCAAUUGAGAGACUGGGUUUUGGAUUAUUAAAUAAAGUUGCAAUGGUCUUUCCUCAUGUUUUUUGGGGGGAAGACCUAGAUACAUUUGGAUGUCUUAGAGAGCAUUGCCAUCAACGGGGGGAGUUCUUUCUAUUUUACGGGUACCAUACUGUUUCGGGAGCUGCAGUUCUUAUAGCUCUUGUUGCUGGUGAAGCUGCUGAAGUGUUUGAAUGCACGGAUCCAUCCAUGUUGCUCCACCGGGUUCUCGGCAUCCUCAGAGGCAUAUUCAGCCCCAAGGGGAUUGACGUGCCUAAUCCAAUACAGACAAUAUGCACAAGAUGGGGCAGCGAUCCAUUGUCUUACGGCUCAUACUCUCAUGUUCGAGUCGGGUCCUCGGGCAGUGAUUAUGAUAUUCUUGCAGAGAGCGUGUGGAACAGGUUAUUCUUUGCUGGUGAGGCCACAACUAAGCAAUAUCCAGCCACCAUGCAUGGUGCCUUCUUGAGUGGCCUAAGAGAAGCUUCAUGUAUUUACCAUGCAACUAGGGGACGAUCAAACUACUCAAGGAGGUACAUGCCGAGGAAUCACAGACUAAGUAAUGAUCUUCUGUCAGAUCUCUUCAGGAAACCUGACAUCGAGCUUGGAAAUGUGUCGUUUAUUUUCGAUCCCUUGGUUGAUGAUGAAAAAUCAAUGGGUGUCAUGAAAAUCACAUUCAGGGGCAUGGGAGAAAGUUCUAACGAGGAAGAAUUGGCCGAAAUUUGUGAAGAUCCUGCGCACCAACAGCUGCUGCUUUACACAAUUGUAUCCUGUGAGCAGGCACGUGAGCUACAACUCGCGAUCAGAGAGGAUGAAAGUAGACUGCCAUAUCUAGUGAAAGAUUUUGGCCUGAAGCUGAUGGGACCUAGCGCCUUGGUUAAUAUUGGUAACUCGUUGAUUGCCAGUAUUGCUGGUGCCCGAAGAGGCCGGGGCAGGAAUCGGUUGUUUGCUGGACAACCACAACCUCAACCUCAACUGCAACCACAAUCUCAACAUCAGCCGCAACAACUGCAACCAGAAUCGCAACCUCAACCCGAACAAUUGCAACCCCAACCUCCACCACAACCGCAGUCGCAGCCUCCACCACAUCCUCAACUGCAACCACAAGUACCACCACAACUGCAACCGCAACCUCCACCACAACCUGAACCUCAACUGCAACCGCAACCAUAAAUACUUCUGCUGCUAUGGAUAUAAGAACCAACCCCUCUUUUGGAAAUGAAAGUACCUGGAACACGUGGGGGUGCAUUGCCAAAAAAUGGCAUGCCUGGGAAAUUUUGAAUGCCCAAGAGACGAGGAAUUGGUUAUAUGAUUGCUUUUCAGGAUUUGGAGAAGUGCCAUCUUUUCAGGCUUGCAAGUCUGAAGCAAACUGACUUGGUGGGUAGUAGAGCAAUAACAUCACCACGUGAAAACCUUUUGAUUAGAUCAAUGACUGUAAGAAAUCAAUUUGGUGUCGAGUAGGAAACAGGAGUUACAAUUCUUCCCUGUAUUUUUUUUGUAGUUCAAAUACAACUCUUUGUUAACUCACUGACUCCAAAGAAAAAAAGUUGUACUCUUAGGCAUUCAUAGUCUUACUACACAUUUUGUAUCUGUAAUAUAAAUUCAAUUCUUUCCUGGAAAGUUAGAACCUAGAAA